AUGAGUUGUUUAUCUUGGAACUGUCGUGGGCUUGGGAACCCAUCGACCGUUCAGGUUCUAGUGGACUUGAUCCACUCUAAGAAGCCCAAUAUUGUGUUCCUUAUUGAAACUUUUGUUGGUUUGAGGAGACUUCAGCCCAUUAAGCAGAGGUUGGGUUACGCGGGUCUGUUUUCGGUUGAUAGUAUUGGUCAUAGAGGUGGCUUAGCCUUGUUGUGGAAGGAGGGGACGGAAGUGGAUAUCAAGUCGUUCUCUGCGAACCACAUUGAUGCGGAGGUAUGUUUGAGCUCUGGAGAUUUGAAGUGGCGGUUCACAGGAUUCUAUGGAUGUCCGGAGAGGGUAAGACGGUCGGAGUCGUGGAAUCUCCUUAAACAACUAGCGGUUCGUAACUCUUUACCGUGGGUUGUAUUGGGUGAUUUUAAUGACAUUCUCUAUCCGAACGAGAAACGGGGUGGCAACCCGCAACCAAGAAGACUAAUUGAGGGUUUCAGUGAUACGGUUGAAACAAGUGGCUUGAGGGAUUUCAAGUUUGAAGGUUAUCAGUAUACUUGGGAGCAAUCUAAAGGCACUCCUAAUUGGGUGGAAGCUAAAUUGGAUAGGAUUCUGACUUCAGAUACUUGGUGUGAGCUAUUCCCUUCUGCUAAAGCUACUUCAGUGAUAGUUUCUAAAAGUGAUCAUUUGCCUUUAUUUCUGGAGGUUCUCCCGAACAAUAAUCACCGCCAGAAAGCUAGAUUCAAGUUUGAAAAUUUGUGGUUAAGGGACAAUACGAGCAGGGAAAUUAUGAUUGAGAGCUGGUCUCGUUCGAGUGGACUCCAUCUGAUGGAUAGAAUUGGCCGCUGUGGUAAGGCCAUCUAG